ACAUGAAGUCUACUCUCAAUUGCAGGGAGGUGCUGGCCCAUGCGAUAUCUUGCUUGACACAAGGCUUGGAACACUCAGAGACCGUGUUCCUGCAACUCUGGUUGAUGUGUACUAUUCAAUAAAUAACCCUCAACAAAUCCAGAAGGCUUUUGAACUGUGCCGUUCAGGUGAAUUCAAUCUUUCGCAGACUGGCCUUACAUCUCCCUUGCUACAGGCUGUUCUCAAUGAUCUUCCACAACAGGACCCCACCCUUGCUCAAGCCAUAGCCAUGCCACGCAAGCAUCCUACUGGUGACUGUGGGAUUCAUCCUAACUCUACUAUGGUGGUACAUGAAGGAUAGUUCUCAGAAGCCAUGGAGGAUGAUGUGGAGGUGAUGUUGGAGGAAGUUUAUGAACAUCUUGACACCGGAACCUUGCCUGACGGCCUUGCCAAUGUGAACGGUGGCCUUCAGUUGGGUUGGAAUGCUGCUGAAGAGGACAAUGUGGAAUCCAUUGGAGAAUUCACUGUGGUAGUUGGGUCUGAAGUUGGUAGUGGUGAGUUGGGACAGG